GCAGUCCUCAAAGUGUGCUGCAGUCCUCUUGAGUUGCAUUCUCCCCCCCACAUGCUCCCUCUAUCACUCCUCUGCCUCCUGUCUCCUCGCUCCUUUUUCCCCCUUUCCCUCCUCGUUUCUGGAGAGUGAUUAGCAGGUUCUCUGUUCGCCAUGUCUCCCCUCGCCCUCGCCUAACGCCUUCCCUGCUCUCGACAUGGAUAUCGGAGGACUGACCACCGUGGUGGCAAACUCCGCGUACAUCAACGCACGCGGAAGCAUCGAUGGCUCCAACCCCGCGACCGCCCGGGACAAGAAGUACCACGCCCGCCUCAAGCUGCCCCACAUCACCGUUUGCGAGGGCCUGAGGGACACCCUAGAUUUGGCCUUCGACUCGGUCUGUGUUGAGCAGCCCAUCGGCAAACGCCUCUUUAGGGAGUUCCUGGAAGCGAACAAAGAGUAUCUCGGCGCUUCUCGCUUGUGGAAAGACAUCGAGGACUACGACAUGGCGGAGGACUCCGACAGGGCAAAGAAGGCCUCCAAGAUCGUCCAGAGGUACAUGGACCCGUCUGCCAAACACUUCUGCCCGUACCUUCCCGAGGAGAUCAUAGCCAAGGUGAAGGAGAACCUGGAGGCCGUAGGGGAUGAUUUGUUCGCCGAGUCGCUGGCCAAGACGCUGGAAUACCUGCGAGAGGCCCCGUACACGUUCUUUCUGGAGAGCAUGUACCUGAAGAGGUUCCUGCAGUGGAAGUGGCUGGAGAUGCAGCCCAUGGAUGCGGACUGGUUCCUGGACUUCCGCGUGCUGGGGAAGGGAGGAUUCGGGGAGGUGUCUGCCUGUCAGAUGAAGGCCACCGGGAAACUUUACGCGUGUAAGAAACUCAACAAGAAGAGGCUGAAGAAGAGGAAAGGCUAUGAGGGGGCAAUGGUGGAGAAGAGGAUUCUGGAGAAGGUCCACAGUCGCUUCAUUGUCUCGUUGGCUUACGCCUUCCAGACAAAGGAGGAGCUUUGUCUGGUCAUGACCAUCAUGAAUGGAGGAGACCUCAAGUACCACGUCUACCUGGUGGAUGAGAACAACCCCGGCUUUGAAGAGCCCCGGGCCUGUUUUUACAUUGCUCAGAUCAUCCAGGGUCUGGAGCACCUCCACCAGAAACGAAUCAUCUACCGUGAUCUCAAACCAGAAAAUGUGCUCCUGGACAACGACGGUAAUGUUCGUAUAUCUGACUUGGGUCUUGCUGUGGAGCUGAAAGAAGGGAAAACAAUGACUAAAGGCUAUGCUGGAACACCAGGUUACAUGGCUCCAGAGAUGCUGAAAGGAGAUAAAUACGACACCUCGGUGGACUACUUCACCUUGGGGGUGACUCUGUAUGAGUUCAUUGCAGCUAAGAAUCCGUUCAGAAACCGAGGAGAAAAGGUGGAACGUGAGGAGAUGAAGGAGCGCAUGCUGAACCGCGUGGUCACCUAUCCAGAUAACUUCAGCGAACACGCAAAGUCUCUGUGUGACGGGCUGCUGGCCAAGGAGGUCGACCAGAGGAUGGGGUUCAAGAACGGAUGCUGCGAUGAAAUCCGAGCGCACCCUUUUUUCAAAGAGAUUAACUGGAGGAAACUCAACGCAGGUAUUCUGCCGCCUCCUUUUGUCCCUGACCCUAAGGUAGUCUACGCUAAGGACCUGGACGACGUUGGGGCGUUCUCCUCGGUGCGGGGGGUCGCCUUGGAGGAGCCCGAUAAGACAUUUUUCGACGAGUUUUCCACGGGCAACAUCUCGAUCCCCUGGCAGGAGGAGAUGAUUGACAUGGGCAUUUACGGAGAGCUGAACCUCUGGGGGCCUGAAGGCACCAUCCCAAAUGAUCUCCGCAGAGAGUCCAUCCUAGAGCAGCCAAAGUCCUCGACCUGCUGCAUAUCGUAAAAUAAAGGAACGAUACAGUUUAUCGACUUGUUUUUCUUUAGAAGAUGCAUCAAUUAAACCUCCAGGAAGGACAAAUGUGUCUUCUGAACUUUCUGACUGCAGAUGG